AUGUUUGGUGGAGCUGUUGGAAAAUAUACGGGUGGAGUUACAAGUUGGAAAGAUGGUACAGAAACGUCAUGGCAUUAUUGGACUCAACCUUUAUCGAAUCCAUUAUCACUAAUAUUUUAUCUAAUGCCCGCUUCUGUUCAUGCAAUGGAAACAUAUUCUACGUAUAUUAACGAAGGUCUAAAAGCAUUACUUUGUUAUACACCAUAA